AUAUUUAUCGCAUACCCAUAUGGACGAGUCAUUGAACAUGAGACUAACCCUGAAGAAAAAAUGCUUGUCACAAAUUUGGCUUUAGAAAAUUACAAAGCUGCUGCACAUGGUGUUAUGAACUUUGAGCCACUGAAAAGUAAAGUCCUGCUUGAACUGGGGAAAAAAGUAAAAAGGGAGAUCAAACGUUACUCGAAAGACCCUUCCAACGUGUUCAAAUAUCGUGGUAACUUAGAGAAGCUAGCUGAGUUCACUAAUGAAAGUCUACUUAAAGAUGUAGAAGAGAAAAUCCCCUCACUGCAUACCUUUGUUAAGGCAUCU